AUUUUUGUUUAAAUGAGUUCAAAAAAUAAUUUUUUCGUUUUUGUAAUGCAAGUGUCGGGUCCUUGUGAGUAAACGUAAGAACUGAGGUUUUUGUACACAUUAUGUGGUUUUUCUAACACAUUUUCAAAAGUCAUUAAUAUCAAACAAAGACAAUCAGAAAAAAUUAUUCGUGAAGCUUUAAUUCUACAACUAAAUAAAAAGUAAAUAUAUAAAAAUAUGAAUUUAAACAAUAUAAAGUGUUUAAAAAAGACAACAUAUGUCCAAUUUCAAAAACUGUUUGACCUAAUGGAAGAAUUCCCACUACUUGCAACCGGCAACCCUUCAUUUGGAAGCAAUAAACUUAUUGUAGAACAGACGUGGGAUAAUGCUGCACAAAAACUUAAUGCCCUUGGGCCACCUAUUAGAAAUGGGCAGGAGUGGAAAAGAUAUGGCAUGACCAAAAGUGUCGUCUUAAAAGAAAAAUAAGCGACAACAAUAAAAGUCUUCACGGAACUGGUGGAGGACCCUGCAGAGUAAACAACUUAACAGAAGUUGAACAGCAAAUUGACAAAAUAUGUCACCUUUCGUCAGCAGCGGCACCCAGUGGCAAAAUUUUAGGUUUGCCACC